CGAGUCACCUCCACUUGUGUGUUUCAGGCAACACAACAGGAUCCACAGCAUGAAAGGGAGCCAGCUGAAGGCCUACCUUUCCUUGGAAGUGUUGGAUCUGAGUUUGAAUAAUAUCAUGGAAUUCCGGAGCGGCUGCUUUCCCCCUGGACUGUACAUAAGUGAGCUCAACCUGGCCAGCAAGCACAUUGGUACCCUGGAGUUGGGAGCAUUUGAUGGCCUGUCAGGGUCGCUGCUUUUUCUUCACCUGAGCAAAAACAGGAUCACCCAGCUUCCUAUAAAAGCAUUCAAGUUACCCAGGCUGACACAACUGGACCUCAAUCGGAAUCAGAUUCAGUUGAUCCAGGGCCUCACAUUCCAGGGCCUGGACAGCUUGGAGGUGCUGAAGCUCCAGAGAAACAAUAUCAGCAAGCUGACUGAUGGUGCUUUCUGGGGGUUGUCCAAUAUGCAUGUGCUACACCUCGAGCACAACAGCCUGGUGGAAGUGAAUAGCGGCUCCCUCUUCGGCCUCAUGGCCCUGCACCAGCUGCACCUCAGACACAAUUCCAUCUUGCACAUCCACCGAGGCGGGUGGAACUUCUGUCAGAAGCUGUGUAAGUUGAUCCUGUCCUUCAACAACCUCACGUGGCUGGAUGAGAAGAGCCUGGCCAAGCUGGGCAGUUUGAGCAUCCUGCACCUCAGCCACAACUCCAUCAGCCACAUCACUGAAGGCACCUUCAAGGGACUCAAGAACCUGUGCAUCUUGUAUGGCAUUCACUGUGGGGGUGACCGAGCGACAGCGUCCUGGGCAAGAGAGCAGAAGAGGGCAGAGCCGGUGCCCCAAAGGCCUCUCCUGUCGUUGCUCCUGAAUUCUAAUAGAGGAAAAAGUGUUUCCUCUCAGAAGGGGCAGGACUGUGUGUGUCCGCCCUGGGAUCUCAGUGCAGGUCAGCUUCUCCUGCCUCUCACUAGACAGGCUGACUGUACAUUCUUUCUCCCCCCUUUUCCCCCACCCUGUCUCUUCCUGGAUGUUUGGAAUCUGCAGGACUCUGUUUGGAACAAGAUCAAGUCCGUGGCUAAGAGAGCGUUCUCAGGGCUAGAAGGCCUGGAGCACCUGGACCUGGGAGAGAAUGCCAUCAGGUCUGUGCAGCUGGACACCUUUAUCACGAUGAGGAAUCUUAAGGAACUCCACAUCAGCAGUGACAGCUUCCUGUGUGACUGCCAGCUCAAGUGGCUGCCUCCAUGGCUUGAAAGCACAACACUGCAGGCCUUUGUGACAGAUUGUGCCCAACUAGAGUCACUGAAGGGCCAGAGCAUUUUCUCAGUACCACCAAAGAGAUUUGUGUGUGAUGAUCUUUAUGAGCCACAUAUCUUCACCCAGCCAGAGACAACAACAGCUGUGGUGGGCAAGGACAUCUGGUUCACGUGCUCAGCAGCCAGCAGCAGCAGCUGCUGCCCCAUGACCUUUGCCUGGAAGAAGGACAAUGAGGUUCUGGCCAAUGCUGACAUAGAGAACUUCUCCCAAGUGCUCACGCAGGACGGGGAAGUGAUGGAGUACACCACCACCCUGCACCUCCGUAGGGUCACCUUUGGCCAUGAGAGUCGCCAUCAGUGUGUCAUCACCAACCACUUUGGCUCCACCUACUCUAACAAGACCCGGCUCACGGUGAAUGUGCUGCCAUCAUUUACCAAAAUGCCCUGAGAUAUUGCCAUCCGGACUGGCACCAUGGCUCCCCUUGAGUGUGUGGCCACCGGCCACCCCAACCCCCAGAUUGCCUGGCAGAAGGAUGGAGGCACAUAUUUCCCUGUGGCUCAGGAGCGUCGCAUGCAUGUCAUGUGAGAUGACGACGUGUUUUUCAUCACUAAUGUAAAAAUAGAUGACAUGGGCGUUUACAGCUGCACCGCCCACAACUCAGCAGGCUCUGUGUCAGCGAAUGCCAUCCUGACUGUCUUAGAGACCCCAUCCUUGGUGGUACCCUUGGAAGACUUCGUCGUGUCUGUGGGGGAGAGAGUGGCCCUCCAGUGCACAGCGACUGGCAGCCCCUCCCCCCACAUCACCUGGCUCAAGGGGAACCUGCCCCUGAGCCUCACCGACAGGCACCACUUCACCCCUGGCAACCAGCUACUGGUGGUCCAGAACGUGGUGCUGGAGGAUGCGGGCCAGUACACCUGCGAGAUGUCCAACACGCUAGGCACGGAGCACACUCACAGCCAGCUGAGCAUCUUGCCCAUGCCUGGCUGCAGGAAGGACCACCAUGGCAUCUUCACCAUCGCCAUGGUGUGCAGCAUUGUUCUGACGUCACUGGUGUGGGUGUGCAUCAUCUACCAAACCAGGAAGAAGAGGGAGGAUUACAGCAUCACCAACACAGAUGAAACCAUUGUGCCACAAGAUAUUCCAAGCUACCUCUCUUCUCAGGGGACCCUUUCUGACUGGCAAGAAACCUCAAUCAGGACUGAGGGUGGCCAUUGGGCCAACGAGCACAUUGAGAGCAACGGUAAGGUACCAAGGGAUGCGAGUGCCUCUCCAGAGGUUGACGUCCACAGCAUCAUGCGGAGGCAGCCCAAGCUCUGUGUUAGAUAUAGUAAAGAGCCCUGGAAAGUAACAGAAAAAGCCACUGGGACACCUGGUCCACCUAAGAUGGAACCCAGUGGCCCUCUCGUGUGCAGUGACUGCAAUGCUGACGUAGACAGUUACUCCAAGGAUCAGGCCCCCCACCCUCAGCCCACAUUCAGGGACAGCACACAGCCAAGUGCACUGCAUGGCCAGGAUUCCAGCCAGGGCGACCAAGGAGACUCUCCACAUCAUCCUCGCAGCGGGGCCAGGGAUGGGUCCUUCUACCCCAGAAACCACGACAGAAUGCUGACAUCCUUGAGGAAGCCGGCAGUGUCCCUAGAUGGAAAAGCACUCAGCGAAGCCCAGCUCCUUUCCAAUGGCCACCUCCCCCAUGCAUGUGACUCCAGUCCUGAGUCCACACCACUGACAGGAUAGCUCCCUGGGAAACGGAGAGGACCACAUCUGUCAGCACCCUCAAAGCUAGGCUCUGUCUACCUCAGCUCCUGUCACACCAGUGUCCACGGGAAGGAGAGCCCGGGAGGCAGCCUGGGGUCAGCAUCGCUGAACAGUACAUAG